CCCUCUUCGUUUUCCUCUCCCAUCUCAACACCGAACCAAGAGAGAGAGAGAACGAGAGAGGAUGGAAGAUGGCAAUAGCAACAGCGGAAGCAAGAGCAGCAGCAGUAACAAGCCAAACAUGACCCAACAUCUCCUUCUCCAACAACAUCAUCAGCAGCAGCAGCAGCUCCGUCUCCUCCAGCAAUACCAGCAGCAGCAGCAGCAGCAGCAGCAGCAACAGCAACAGCAACAACAGUCUCAGCCUUCGCAGCAGCAGCAGAUCAACUUGCAUUCGCUGCAGCAGCAGCAGCAGGCGAUGUCGCGGUUCCCAUCCAACAUUGAUGCCCACCUCCGUGCGCCGGGUCUCCGAUCCUUCCAAUUUCAGCAGCCUUCUCAGCCGCAGCCACAACAACAGUCUCAAUCUCCACAGCAGCAACAGCAGCAACAGCAGCAGCAACAGCAGCAGCAGAGGGUGGUGAGGCCGGUUGGAAAUCCCGCGGAGUUGGAGAUGGCGCACCAGGACGCGCUUAAGGUCUGCAAUCCGGAUUUCAAGAGGCCGUUCUUGUCGCUCGAGGAUGCUGUGCUGCGGCUAUUGCCUUAUCAUGUAGUUUCCGAUUUUGAGGCUGAGGAAGAUGACAGGAUCCUUGACAGUGACACCACUGGCCAGCUGCCCUCCCGCUUGCAACAAUGGGACCAUAACAUUCUUUCGAAGAUUGCAGAAUUCACCACUACCUUUGAGAAGCAAGUCCUUGCGUUCAACAUCAUGUCACGCAAGAGAGCCAUGGGGGAAUUUAGGUCAGAAGAGAGGCUUUUGAUAGAGCAGGCCCUCCUGCAAGAGGAAAAGCAAGCUCUGCUAGAAUUACGGGCUGAGAUGGAGUCCUUUGAGAAGGCAGGUCGGGAGGCAGCUGAGGUCAAGAUGAGGAUGGCAAUGGCUCAUGCCGAGCAGGCCCGAGCUGAGGCUCAAGCGCAUGCUGAGUUGAUGGCUCGGGCACCCAUGAGAGCUAGUGCUAUGGGAUCCCAUGCAGAUGAUGGCGCAGGCCAGGAUACAGGACAGGAACAAGGGAAUAAUGGCGAAGAAAUGAUUCAUGGAUGGGGAAAUACUCAGAAAGAUGAGGACGAUCCAUCAGACGAUUUCCUUAACGAUGAGAAUGAGCCUGACAAUGGGGAGGCACAGGAUGAAUGGAGGGAAGCAAGGUCGCUCGAUUUGAACAGCCGAUGAUGCGUCCUUGUUUGCCUGCUGAUUUUGUAACGCAAAUGACAAAAGAAUCCAAUGUGUUUCUUACAUUCAAACUGAUAGAUUCAAAAUUUUCUUCGCUCAAAUUCAAUGUUCUGUAUUAAACAGGGAUGCUAGGUGGUAUUUUGGUGUAGGAGAAUUUGGAUGGGAAUGAAAAAAAUGAAAAUGCAAACUGAAAUCAAAAUGGAAGGAAAUUGAUGAUUAUUAAUAUAAUUUUUGGAUGGUUAA